AUGAAAGCUCUCCAGGGGGCAGGAAGGUUUAAUAUCGAUGCUCUUUCGAGUUGGUUUAGCAAUACUAAAAUAAGUAACAAUAAGCCAACGCACAAUUUGAGAAAAAUUGAGAUUGAAGAUUCGUUGGAUCCUUUGUUCGAUUAUUUGAACGAAAAUUUCGCAACGCUGGCAAGGGGCCUCACCCCUGACCUGAAGAUCAAGGUAAUGACACAAACUUGGAAUGUUGUUCUUGAAACUAUUGACCACUUGCUGCUACCUCCCCUAUCAGAUAGGCGAACUAUUCGCCAACAACUGAAUGCCACCGAAGUUGAAAUAGUUUUCACAUGGUUGUCAGCAAUGAAGUCAUUUUUUUAUCAUGACGGUGCUGGUCCUUCCUUGGAAAUAUUGCAAUCACAGAAGUACCAACAGUUGAUUGAUACCACAAUAUUCUACAACUGGACGACAACCCAGCUAAAACAGGAAAGCGAAAAAAUGCUAUCACAAAGCUUCAAGAGUUUAAAGGAUAAAAAUUAUUUUGCUUCUCCUGAGAUACUCAUGAAACGUAAAAACACUGUUAUGGCUCAUAGAAAUCGGACCGUUGUUAAGAAGCAGAAUGAGCAACUGCGCAUAGCACAAAGAGAAACACCUCAGACUGAAGACAUCAUUCUGCGUAUUUUGAAGACGCGAGGAGAGCACGACUAUGUGUCGCGAAGGCUAAAACAAAGAGAGAAAGUCGCACAAGCGUUAGCCUCAGAAAGCAUUGCUAAUUCUGGUUUUAGGUGA